AUGGGAUUAGGAUAUGAGGCUAAGAAAGUCAGUAAUGCUAGAGCAUCACAUCGCCACAGAGGACAUCAAGGGAAACAGUGCUAUUUUUGUGGAGUUGUGGGUCAUAUCAAGGCGUUCUGCAACAAGUUUUGUGCUAGAGUUGAUCACGCCUGGAGACAAGGACGCUACUACUGGAAUCAUGGACUGAACCAAGUCUUCAUCAGAAGACUGAUCUUUACCAGAAUCCUGCUCGACGUACAGCACCAGGUGGUACAAGACAGCGAUUCUGCUCCAAUAUGGCACUAUUUGAAGAAAGCAAUGAGGUGGACAACACAGGACCGUGGUCUAAAGUCAAAUUUGAUCAGUGUCAGCCAGCUUUGUGAUGAAGGUUUAACGGUCUGGUUCAACAAGCUAGAGUGCAAAGCCAUUGAUGCUGACGGAAAGACAGUCUACGAGGAGUUCGUUCAGGCAACAACUGCUACAUGUGGGAUCAAUCUGCAAAAGUGCCUAAGUGUCCGAGAUGAUGUUGAACUAUGGCACAAACGAUUGGGUCACAUGAAUAUUCGACAUCUACCACUCUGGUGA